AUGUCCGUACCAGACAUAUCUUCGCUGACCAAGCUUGACUUUACCAGGCCAGGCUGCAGAGGAUCGCACUGCACCGCACGAGACCACAUCGUACCGCACCGCACUGCACAGAAAUGUACAACACCACACCGGCCGGUGAGAGCGUCUGAACUUGGACGUGGAGCUGGGGUGGUAUGGUCUGGUGGCAGCCCUGGGCGGGACAUCCAGUCCAUUAAUCUUGUCACAAUUUCGUCACGGGAGGCACUAAGCAACUGCACUCGGGCGGGACAUGGUCAUUGUAUCCGAUGCUCUGUGCAAUGUUCGUCGUGCAUCAAAAAGGGGACGACGACAAUGGACUGA